AUGGAUUCUCAGAGGGAACCUAAAUCUCAGUCUUUAAAUAGGCAAGGCUCUCUUUACAGCUUAACACUCGACGAGGUCCAAACCCAUUUAGGUGGUUCUGGUAAAGCACUUGGAAGCAUGAAUCUUGACGAACUUCUCAAGAGUGUCUGCUCCGUUGAAGCUAAUAACCAGCCAGCAGUAACUCAAGAAAGUCUCUCUCGUCAGGGGAGUUUGACUCUGCCAAAAGAUCUCAGCAAGAAGACUGUUGAAGAGGUUUGGAAAGACAUUCAGCAGAACGGUAAUGGAAGUAGUGGUGGUGCUCAUGAGGAGAGGAGAGAUAAUAAGCAGCCUACGCUUGGUGAAAUGACGCUUGAGGACUUGUUGUUGAAAGCAGGUGUUGUGACUGAGACUGUUCCUGAUGGUGGUGGUGGUUUAGGGGGAAAUGUAACUCAGGGUGUUGCUGCUCCAUGGGUUCAGUAUCAUCAGCUUCCAGCGAUGCCACAGGGGCAACCGUUUAUGCCGUAUCCGGUUGCAGACAUGCAAGGGAUGGUGUCUCAGUCUUCUUUGAUGGGUGGUUUGUCUGAUACGCAGACUCCAGGGAGGAAGAGGGUGGCUUCAGGGGAAGUUGUGGAGAAGACUGUUGAGAGGAAGCAGAAGAGGAUGAUAAAGAAUAGAGAGUCUGCUGCUCGUUCUCGUGCUAGGAAACAGGCUUACACUCAGGAGCUAGAGAUCAAAGUUUCAAGGUUAGAAGAAGAAAACGAAAGACUUAGGAGGCAAAAGGAAGUAGAGAAGAUACUUCCAAGUGCACCACCACCUGAUCCUAAGCGGCAGCUCAGACGAACAAGCUCAGCUCCUUUCUGA